ACCGACAGCACCGCUGGCUGCCGCAGCCUCGCGUGCCUACAAAUCCCCGCAUCAACCCCUGCCAUCUUCUUCCUCGGAGCGAGCUAGCGGCUGAGCUGCAUCCACCGUCAGCAAACGAGAGGGAGAGACUAGUGGAGUUUGAUAAGAUCAUCUCAUCCAGAUGGCGAUAUCCUUAUAGCAGAGGAAGAAGACAGCUCUCUUGGAAGACCUUCACAUCUGCUUCACUGCUUUUGGAAGAUAAAGACGUGCGUCAAUCAUUCAUGGGUUCAGCAGGUGAACAGAGAAAUGAAACCCAACACCACAGGCCCGUCGGCGUUCGAUUCUUGGAGUACAUUAGAGGCACUCCAUUCACCUUCAGAACAUACCAAGCGAUCGUUCUGGUGUUAACGUUCUUCGCGUACGCCAGUUUCCAUGCGACUCGGAAGACCACGAGCAUCGUCAAAAGCGUCCUCGAUCCGCAGACAACUGAGCUGGGAUUUACCCACUGGCCAAGGUUCUACUUCCUCGGAACAGUCGAGGGGGCUCAACGGAAUCCGGGACUCAACGCUGGCUGGGCUCCGUUCGACACUUCAGAUGGCACGGCCAUGCUCGGACAGAUCGAUGUUGCCUUCCUUUCCAUCUACUCUCUCGGGAUGUACUUCGCAGGGCAUUUAGGCGAUCGGUUCGAUCUGAGAGUCCUUCUGGCCCUUGGAAUGGCAGGGACUGGAAUAUUCACUUCCCUCUUCGGUGCUGGCUACUGGAUGAACAUACAUAGUUUCUACUACUUCCUGGUGGUUCAGAUGUUGGCCGGACUGUUUCAGUCCACAGGAUGGCCGUCGGUGGUGGCUGUCGUCGGGAAUUGGUUUGGAAAGAAGAAGAGGGGACUGAUCAUGGGGAUAUGGAACGCGCACACCUCAAUAGGAAACAUAUCUGGAUCAUUGAUCGCUUCUGCGCUACUGAAGUAUGGUUGGGGCUACUCCUUUGCUGUUCCCGGCCUUAUCAUCGCACUUUUCGGGUUGACGGUGUUCUUGUUCUUGCCCGUUAGUCCUGAGAAAAUGGGGAUCGAAAACGAGGAAGAAAGCCAGUUGAAAUCCCCCGAGAAAGAUGGGAUCACUCAGCCUCUGUUGGAAGGAAGACCCAACGAAAAGGGAAGAGCGGUGGGCUUCGUGGAGGCAUGGGGGAUUCCUGGCGUUGCACCGUUUGCUCUCUGUCUCUUCUUCUCCAAGCUUGUGGCUUACACCUUCCUUUACUGGCUCCCUUUCUACAUCAGCCAUACAGCUAUCGAUGGAAAGUACUUAUCUGAUUCAACAGCCGGAACGCUGUCAUCAUUGUUCGAUGUUGGAGGUGUCGUCGGGGGAAUCCUCGCAGGUCACAUCUCCGACCGACUCGAUGCCCGCGCGCUGACAGCGGCAAGCUUCAUGUACUGCGCCAUCCCAGCCCUCUUCUUCUACCGCAUUUACGGGAGCAUCUCCCUGUACUGGAAUGUAGCGCUCAUGUUCGUCGCCGGCAUGUUUGUCAAUGGCCCCUAUGCAUUGAUAACAACGGCAGUAUCGGCGGACCUGGGAACGCACAGCUCCCUGAAGGGGAACUCCCGGGCCUUGGCCACCGUCACUGCGAUAAUAGACGGGACAGGGUCAGUGGGCGCUGCCAUUGGCCCCCUUGUCACGGGCUAUAUAUCAGCCAACAGCUGGAGUGCAGUGUUCACCAUGCUCAUGGCAGCGGCACUGGUGGCUGGGCUGCUCUUGACGAAGCUUGUGGUGGCCGAGGUGACGGCAAAAAUGGAGUCUGGUGGAUCGCGAACUGGUGGUUUGCCACAGAGGUCCUCUGUACCUGAGACCCUUGUAUAGCGUAAGGAUGGAUAUGCUGUUCAUAAUUUAGGAUGUGGAAAUAUUAGAGCAGGUCCUCUAAUUUUUUGCAAGAGGAGCAGCUCCUUGUUGCUCGACGUGAAUAAGGGCAAUGGUUGGCUCAGGUGUUAUGGUCCUUCAACAACAACAUGCCCCUCCCUCUUUGCAACACAAGGGGGAGCUAUGGUGGUGGUAGAGAUGGGAGUGCACUCACCAGGUUCCAUGUCUAGGGACAUGGCUUUUGAGCUAUUUGAGAGUGCACUUCAUUGAAAUAUGAUCGAGUUUGUAAUUUGUACUGCAUUGUUUGGAAAGUGUAGCAGAUAUAUUAUUUUGUGGUGUUAAGAAGUUAGCUUUGGAGACAGCAAAGGGUGGCUGGUAAUCCUCUGUUAUAUUUGUAGUCUGAAUCCAGGAGUUGGAACAUCGGAUGAUUGAUUUAUCAUAUGAAUUUUCAUUGACAUUAUUACAUUAAAAUUUUAUGUGAUGAAUCAUACUAUUAGUAUA